UUUUUUGUGUCAGCGUGAAUUAGAAAGACAGGGAAAGAAAGACUGAUACAGAGAGAUACACGACGUCAAGGAUCAACCAACACAAAUAUCAUAUCUCUCUACGUUAUCUCUUUACUUUUCUCAGUCUUUUCUCUGUGUUCUAAGGAGAAAGACAGAGAGAGAGAGAGCUGCUUUCUCUUCUUCUUUUCUUCUUGGGUGAGCUCCAAUGGCGAGCUGGGUUUUAUCAGAAUGUGGUAUUAAACCUCUCUCCAGAUUCUACCCUAAACCCACUACCUCUUUCAUCUCUAACCCAACACCCACAUUCAGAUUCAAUCCAUCGCCUUCUUCUCUCAAGCCCCGAAAUGGCUUCUUCCCUAAAGCCAGGAACUGGGCGUUAAAUGUGGCCACGCCAUUAACAACUCUCGAGCCUCCGUCCGAGGAGGAACACACGAAGAGAUUCGACCCAGGUGCGCCCCCUCCCUUCAACUUGGCCGAUAUAAGAGCAGCCAUACCCAAGCAUUGUUGGGUUAAGAAUCCAUGGAAGUCAAUGAGUUAUGUUGUCAGAGAUGUCGCUAUCGUCUUCGGAUUGGCUGCUGUAGCUGCUUUCUUCAACAAUUGGCUUCUCUGGCCUCUCUACUGGUUCGCUCAAGGAACCAUGUUCUGGGCUCUCUUUGUUCUUGGCCAUGACUGUGGACAUGGUAGCUUCUCGAAUGAUCCGAGGUUGAACAGUGUGGCCGGUCAUCUUCUUCAUUCCUCAAUUCUGGUCCCUUACCAUGGCUGGAGAAUAAGCCACAGAACUCACCACCAGAACCAUGGGCAUGUUGAGAAUGACGAAUCUUGGCAUCCUUUGCCUGAAAGCCUCUACAAGAACUUGGAAAAAACUACUCAAAUUUUUAGGUUCAAAUUGCCGUUCCCAAUGCUCGCAUACCCUUUCUACUUGUGGGGAAGAAGUCCAGGGAAAAAUGGUUCUCAUUUUGAUCCAGACAGUGACUUGUUUCUUCCCAAAGAGAAGAAAGAUGUUCUGACAUCAACCGCAUGUUGGACUGCAAUGGCUGCUUUGCUUGUUUGUCUCAAUUUUGUUAUGGGCCCAAUUCAAAUGCUCAAACUUUAUGGCAUUCCUUACUGGAUAUUUGUAAUGUGGUUGGACUUCGUGACUUACUUGCAUCACCAUGGCCAUGAAGACAAGCUCCCCUGGUACCGUGGAAAGGAGUGGAGUUACCUGAGAGGAGGGCUCACAACAUUGGAUCGUGAUUAUGGAUGGAUCAAUAACAUCCACCAUGACAUUGGAACUCAUGUGAUACAUCAUCUUUUCCCACAGAUCCCACAUUAUCAUCUAGUAGAAGCAACAGAAGCAGCUAAACCAGUACUAGGAAAGUACUACAGAGAACCGAAAAAUUCUGGACCUUUGCCAAUUCACUUACUGGGAAGCCUCAUAAAAAGUAUGAAACAAGACCAUUUCGUAAGCGAUACAGGAGACGUUGUGUACUAUGAGGCAGAUCCAAAACUACACUGAACAAGGCAGACAAGUUGAAAAUUCAUCUUGGCUCAUUCUUUCAUGUUCUUAUUGUUUUGGUGCAAAACCUUUUCGAGAUUAAAAAGCAUUAAUGUAAAACUCUCGAUCUAUUGAAAAAUAUAUGAUCAGACAGAUAUAUUUCAUACCAGGAUCUUGUU